GCCUAGCUGCUGACUGUGGUAACAUUUCAGUGAGAGAGAAAACUUGAAGGGGAGAAUUUCGCAAUUUUCUUGGAUCUUGGAGCAGUUUGGGAGCAUAAUAUGGCUGUAACUGGAGAUGAGACAGAAUCUGCGGCUACAGGGGACGUGUCGGCCUACCAGCUGCGGAAUCCUAGCUCUUGUCUGCCACAGGAUGUGGUGAUGGCCGGUGUGCAUGGCCCCCAGCAGCCUACCGAGGAUGCCUCACGAAGGCGGGAGCUCCGCUUGAUGAAGAACAGGGAGGCUGCCCGGGAAUGCCGGCGAAAGAAGAAAGAAUAUGUCAAAUGUCUUGAAAAUCGCGUGGCAGUGCUUGAAAAUCAAAACAUGACACUGAUUGAGGAGCUUAGAGCCUUAAAAGACAUCUAUCAACAAAAAGCCGAAUGAUGGGCUGUCAUAAUUAGAGGGACUGGGACAGCGUGCGAAUGUUUUCUUGAGGACUCAAAUGUUGCUGAUACUGACACACACACAUACACAAAUCCACACACACACACAAAAACUCCUUGUCCGUUCUAUUUAUUGUGUUGACACAAUGAUGUCCAUGUUUCUGAUUGAAUAUUCAUGCAACACCAUCAGCAAAAACUAAAGUGUUUUCAGGUCUGGAUUAUUAGUGAAUAUCACGAAGCCCUUGUGUUUCUUUGCGCAGGGAGGCUGCCAAAGCAUGCAGGCAGAGGAAGAGGGAGUAUAUGAACUACUUGGAAACUCGCAUCAGCAUACUGGAGAAGGAAAACAUGACGCUAAAAGCUAAGAUGCAGUACCAGAAUGUACACAGUAUAUGAUUGGAGGAGAACAGUCAAUAACCUGCCUAUACAUUUUUCUGAGACCUUGGGGGGGGGGAUCAGAUUUUUUGAUUUUUCCUGUUUGUCUGAAGCCUUUGUAGUAAUAAAAACAAGUU